AUGACCAAUUACGACCUGUUGCAGCUGAAUGACCCAUCGCUGCUUCAUGAGGCUUCAUUGCUGAAUGGAAAAUGGGUGCAAGCUCAAUCGGGCAAGACAUUCGAUGUUGAAGAUCCCGGCUCCAGACAAGUCUUUGCCGCCUGUCCCACAAACGAAGUCGCCGAUGUAGACCAAUACGUCGUCACCUCCCAAAAAGCCUUCGAGGGCUACCGAUUGGAGAACCCGCGCACACGAGCCAAGAUUCUGCUCAAGUGGCACGAGCUGAUCGCCAAUGCACGCGAAGACAUCGCCAAGAUCAUGGUCUACGAGACUGGCAAGCCCAUGGUGGAAGCCCUCGGCGAAGUCGACUAUGCCUUGGGCUUUGCAUGGUGGUUCGCGGGCGAAGCUGAGCGCAUUCGGGGCUCAGUUGCGCAGCCUUCAAUCUCAGACCGGCGCACAUUCGUCAUUAAGCAGCCCAUCGGAGUUAGCGUGGCUCUUGUCCCGUGGAAUUUCCCAGUUGCUAUGAUUAUCCGAAAGGUCGCUGCCGCUCUGGCCGCUGGGUGCUCGAUGAUCGUGAAGCCUUCGCCGGAGACUCCUCUCAGUGUUAAUGCGCUUGCAGACCUUGCCAUCCGCGCUGGACUGCCCGCUGGCGUUUUGAAUGUGAUUUCCACCGACAAUGAGAAUACGCCCGCUGUUAGCGAGAGGCUCUGCAAGCACCCUUUGGUGCGGAAGGUGACAUUCACUGGAAGUACGAGGGUGGGCAGUAUCGUGGCGAAGCACUGCAGCGAAGGGCUGAAGAAGGUCACCAUGGAAUUGGGUGGCAACUGCCCCUUCAUCGUCUUCGACGAUGGAGACCUCGAACAGGCCGUGAAUGCAUUGAUGAUUCUCAAAUGGCGCACUGCGGGCCAGGCGUGUACACACGCCAAUCGCGUCUAUGUGCAAAGCGGCGUGCAUGACAAAUUCACACGGAUGAUUACCGAGGCAACGACUCAAAAGAUUCGUGUCGGGCAUGGAACUGAUCCCUCAACGACGAUGGGUCCUCUGACGACUAGCCGUGGCAUUGAGAAGCUGGAGCGCCAUGUGAAAGAUGCCGUUAAGCGCGGCGGCAAGGUUCUCUGUGGUGGAAAGAAGCCUGCACAAUUGAACGGACAUUUCUUCGAGCCGACUAUUAUCUCGGGUAUGACCUCGGAGAUGCUGACUACCCGGGAGGAAAUCUUCGGUCCGUUGCUGGGGCUCUAUAAGUUUGAUACGGAGGAAGAGGCUGUACAGAUGGCUAACGAUACUUCCAUGGGGUUGGCCUCUUACUUCUUUACCAAGAGCGUUGAUCGGACUUGGAGACUCCUCGAGAAUCUCGAGGCUGGAAUGAUUGGCAUGAAUACAGGCAACUCGUCUUGCGCCGAGUCUCCGUUUGGCGGUAUCAAGGAGUCUGGUUAUGGCAAGGAAGCUGGCAAAGAUGUUGCGAUCGAGGAAUACUUGAUUUCCAAGACUGGAACUUUGACAGUUGGGGCAUGA